CUGCGAUUGGCUGUGCGACCGUGGGUCUCCGCCCCGCGCGCUUGCGCCUGCGCGUGGGCUGGGGCAGCCCGUUGUGCCUUGAUGGUGGGAGGCAGUAGUUCCCCUUCCCUUCGCGGGCGGGAGAGUUAGGGCUGUUUCUGUUUGGUGGAAUAUUCACAGUGUAACACGUUGACUAUUUAAUAAAGUCUGUACUCCACACCGCCAAUACAAUGCAUAAGCUCUCAGUCACCCAAGGAAGCACCAUGAAAAAUACUGAUAUCAGGAGACUAUUUUAUGCCCAUCUUUUAUGCGUGCUUUCUGUUAUCCUGAGCACCUUUGUUCCAUCAUUCUUUUUGGAAAGUUUCUCGAUAUUGGAGACCCACCUGACGUGGUUGGGCAUCUGCUCUGUUUCUGUAACUGCUGUCAAUCUAGUGUUAUAUUUAGUAGUGAAACCAAAUGUAUCCUCCAAGAGAAGUUCAUCAUCACAUAAGGUAGCCAGGUUUUUGAAAUGCUGUAUCUACUUUCUUAUGUCUUGUUUCUCCUUUCAUGUAAUUUUUGUUCUAUAUGGAGCACCGCUAAUAGAGUUGGUGUUGGAAACAUUUUUGUUCGCAGUUAUUUUGUCUACCUUCACUACUGUACCUUGUUUAUGUUUGUUGGGACCAAAUCUCAAAGCAUGGCUAAGAGUUUUCAGUAGAAAUGGAGUUUCAUCCAUUUGGGAGAAUAGUCUCCAGAUCACUACAAUUGCUAGUUUUAUAGGAGCAUGGCUUGGAGCAUUUCCUAUUCCCUUGGAUUGGGGAAGACCAUGGCAGGUGUGGCCCAUCUCCUGUACGCUCGGAGCGACCUUUGGCUACGUGGCUGGCCUUGUUCUGUCACCACUCUGGAUAUACCGGAAUAGAAAGCAACUUACAUACAAGAACAAUUAAUUGGAGCAAAGGGAGAAGAUAUUUCUUUGUGCAGGUUCCAUAAGGGCUGUGCAGAAAUGUCUACGGUCAAAGCCAAGCAGUUCCAUUUACAGCACUGUUUUUUUACAUAGUUAACAUGAUGUGAUUGUAGCUUUUUAAACUAUGAAACCCCUGAGAGAUUGUAUCUUCUAGUUGAAAUAAAGUAUUUAUAAUAGA